AUGACACAGCAAGAGGCGCAGGCUACACCCGAUGUUAUCACUGGUAUGAUCCCUAUUUUUGGUUACUUUGCUCGUGUUUUGAUAGAUCCCGGGGCCACCCAUUCUUUUAUCGCCUAUAGUUUCUUACCUUAUGCCAAUGUUAGAUCGACACCCAUGGCAGAGAAUUUGAGUAUCUCAUUACCUACGGGCGAUGUUUUGUUUGCGGACAUGGUUUUCAAGGAUUGUUAUGUCCAAGUGGGUGAUGCCAUGUUGGAAGCUGAUUUGAUUCCCUUGGAAUUAGUUGACCUUGACAUUAUCUUGGGAAUGGAUUGGCUGGAAAAGCAUCGUGCGUCGGUAGAUUGUUUUCGGAAAGAGGUUGUGUUCAGAAGUCCUGGACAACCUGAAGCAAUAUUCCAAGGAGAGCGUAGAGUUCUCUCAUCUUGUCUUAUUUCCGCCAUAAGGGCAAAACGGUUACUCAAGAAGGGUUGUGUGGGUUACUUAGCUCAUAUCAUUGAUACUCAGGGGUCCACUUUGAAUCUGGAAGAUAUUCCUGUGGUUUGUGAAUUUUCAGAUGUCUUUCCUGAUAAUCUUCCUGGUUUGCCUCCCCAGAGAGAAACCGAAUUUACUAUUGAACUUCUUCCAGGAACGAAUCCAAUUCAUCAAGCUCCUUAUAGAAUGGCACCAGCAGAGUUGCGUGAGUUGAAGACGCAAUUGCAGGAGUUGGUGGAUCUUGGGUUCAUUCGACCUAGUGUUUCCCCUUGGGGUGCACGGCAGUUGAACAAGGUGACAGUGCGUAAUCGAUAUCCUUUGCCUCGAAUUGACGACUUGUUUGAUCAGUUGAAGGGUGCCAAGUACUUUUCCAAGAUUGAUCUGAGAUCGGGAUAUCAUCAACUCAGAGUACGGGAAGAUGAUAUUCCCAAGACAGCAUUCAGAACUCGUUACGGCCAUUACGAGUUCUUGGUGAUGCCUUUCGGAUUGACAAAUGCUCCAGCAGCGUUUAUGGAUCUCAUGAACAGAGUGUUCCGACCUUAUUUGGAUCACUUUGUGAUUGUGUUCAUAGACGACAUCCUAGUUUAUUCCCGAACUUUGGAGGGUCAUAAAAAACAUUUGAGGCUGAUAUUGAAAACUUUGAGAAGGAAGCAGCUUUAUGCCAAGUUCAGUAAAUGUCAAUUUUGGUUGGAUAGAGUGGACUUCCUUGGACAUGUGAUAUCAGCAGAAGGAAUUUAUGUGGACCCUCGUAAGGUAGAAGCAGUCGUGAAUUGGGUGCAACCCACAAGUGUAACAGAGAUACGGAGUUUCCUGGGGUUAGCAGGCUACUAUCGUCGGUUUGUAGAAGGGUUCUCUUCGAUAGCAGCACCUCUUACUCGGUUGACGAGGAAGGAUGUUAAGUUUGAGUGGACGGAGGAGUGCGAGCAGAGUUUUCAGGAGUUGAAAAAGCGGUUAACCACCGCACCUGUUUUGGCUCUUCCGGAUAACUCGGGGAACUUUGUGAUCUAUAGUGACGCAUCUUUACAAGGCUUGGGAUGUGUUCUGAUGCAACAUGAUCGGGUAAUUGCUUAUGCCUCAAGGCAACUCAAGAAGCAUGAGCAGAAUUAUCCUGUCCAUGACUUGGAACUUGCCGCAGUGGUGUUCGCUCUCAAAAUUUGGCGGCAUUAUUUGUAUGGUGAGACGUGUCAGAUUUUCACCGAUCACAAGAGCCUCAAGUACUUUUUCACUCAGAGGGAGUUGAAUAUGAGACAGCGGCGUUGGCUGGAAUUGAUUAAAGACUAUGACUGUACGAUUGAGUAUCAUCCCGGUCGAGCUAAUGUGGUAGCCGAUGCACUAAGUCGGAAUGUUGGUGGAAGUCUAGCUCAUCUCAGAAUGGCCUAUCUUCCGUUGUUGGUAGAACUGCGGAAGGAUGGUGUGGAUUUGGAGAUGACUCCUCGGGGAGGAAUACUUGCUAGUGUGCAUGUGAGGCCUAUUCUGGUUGAGCGGGUGAUUGCAGCACAAUUGGGAGAUCCUAAUCUUUGUAUGAUAAGAUCGGAAGUAGAAAAUGGUACACGGACGGAUUAUGCCAUAAGGAAGGAUGGAGCUUUGGUGGCUGGAACUCGUCUUUGUGUACCCAAGAACCAUGAUGACUUGAGAAGAGAAAUCAUGGAAGACGCUCACUGUUCUACUUACUCUAUGCAUCCGGGUAGUACUAAGAUGUAUCGGACUUUACGUGAGUACUACUUGUGGCCGCAUAUGAAGGGAGAUAUUGCUAAGUAUGUGAGCAAGUGUCUGAUUUGUCAACAAGUGAAAGCGGAAUGGCAGAAACCGUCCGGACUCAUGCAACCACUUCCGAUCCCUGAAUGGAAGUGGGAGCUUAUCACAAUGGACUUCGUUUUUAAACUCCCACGUACUUCAAAGGGGCAUGAUGGAAUUUGGGUGAUAGUUGACCGACUUACCAAGUCCGCCCAUUUUCUACCUAUAAAGGAAACCUAUUCUUUGUCAAGGUUGGCAAAACUUUUUGUGGAUGAGAUCGUGAGGUUGCAUGGAGCUCCUGUGUCUAUUGUAUCGGACAGGGAUGCAAGGUUCACAUCUCAUUUCUGGAAGUGUUUAAAUGAGGCUAUGGGUACUAAGUUACAUUUUAGUACUGUUUUUCACCCACAGACUGAUGGGCAGUCGGAAAGAACCAUUCAGACUUUGGAAGACAUGUUAAGGUCUUGUGUUUUACAACUGAAAGACAGUUGGGAUACUCACCUUGCAUUGGUGGAAUUUGCUUAUAACAACAGUUACCAUUCGAGCAUUGAGAUGGCUCCGUAUGAGGCUCUGUAUGGAAGAAUGUGUAGAACUCCUGUUUGUUGGAAUGAAGUGGGUGAAAGAAAGUUGGAAAAGGUAGAUAGUAUCCGAGCCACAACUGAGAAGGUGAAAAUGAUUAGAGAGAAGUUGAAAACCGCACAAGACCGACAGAAGAGUUAUGCGGACAACAGGUCCAAGGAUCUUGAGUUUGCAGUGGGGGAUUGGGUGUUUCUGAAGUUAUCUCCAUGGAAGGGUGUGAUGAGGUUCGGUAAACGCGGGAAGUUAAGCCCUCGUUAUAUUGGACCUUAUGAGAUUACUGAACGCAUUGGACCAGUUGCUUAUAGACUUGCCUUACCUACAGAACUAUCUCGGAUCCAUGAUGUGUUUCAUGUAUCCAUGUUAAGGAAGUACAUGCCUGAUCCUUCUCAUGUUUUAGAGCACCAACCUAUGGAGUUGAGUGAAGAUUUGACAUAUGAGGAGCAACCUGUACAGAUCUUGGAUAGGAAGGAGCAAAGGUUGCGCUCCAGAUCUAUUCCUGUAGUGAAGGUACUAUGGAGAAGUCAAACUGUUGAAGAGGCUACUCGGGAACCCGAGGCGCAAAUGCGGACCCAGUACCCUUAUCUUUUCAAUUGA